AUCCAACAACAUGACAGGCAAGGUCUCUUUAGAAAAUCAUUUAUGGCUACGGAAACUAACACAGAGGAACAAGUGACGAGUGAAACCUCAUGGAUAUCAGUGAGUCCUAGUGGUCUUUGGGAGGUACACAGAAGGUGGAAGGGGGAGAGAAAGCGAGGAGACAACACUCCUCUAUUAGGGUCUGUAUGCAAAAUCAAAGUGUGUCUCAAGAACCACACAGAAGAUAAUAAUACCCAGCCUCUGAGCUCGAACGACACAGAGUCUGCAGUUGGUGUCAGUUCUGUGCAGGUUACAGAGCAUCCUCGCUCACAGGAUUCAGUGCUGCAGGUUCCACUGGACAGGUGGAUGGUGCUGCGUGUGGGAGAGGGACAGUGUGACGUUAUAGAGGGCUGUUUGGAGGGAAUGAGGGCUGGAGAGACCUGUGAGUUCACAGUAAGGCCUCAUCAACAGCAUUUGAAAAUGGCACCCAGUGAUAUUCAUGUUGCCCAGUUUGAGAUGACCGGAGAGGAGAGACAGCCGAAAAGUGAGUGUUUUUCUGUACAGCUCCACUCAUUCACCCCAGGGAAGGAGUCCUGGCAGAUGCUCCCUGCAGAGAAGUGGACCUGGGUGCUGUCUCAUAAGCAGCGUGGCAGCCAGCGCUUCGUCCAGGGAGACGUUUGGGGAGCAAUGCAUUCUUACUGCUGUGCUGUUAAGCUGCUCAUCACUUUAAACGGACAUACCAGAGAGAAAGAUGGGGUUCCAAAUGCUGAUGGAAGCAGGGACUUAGAAACACUAGCAGUGAAUACAGAGACAGAAGCAAAAAGCACCCACAUCCAAACUGAGGAGGAGUAUAGGACUAUAAAAGCAGAACUCCAUUCUAAUCUUUCGCUGUGCCAGCUCAGGCUUGGCCAGCCAGCAAAAGCCAAGGACAGCAGCAUCAAAGCCACUGCACUGGAUCCAGCGAACGUUAAAGCCUGGUAUCGCCUUGGCCAAGCCUGUCUGCAGUUGGAAGACUUUGCGGAAGCACGCCAAGCUUUUGGCAAAGUUUUAGAACUCCAGCCAGGUUCUGCCUCUGCCCAGAAUGCCUUGAAACAAGUAAAUACAAAAGCAAAAGAGUUUGACAAUAAGCUUGGGAAAAGGCUAAGCAAGAUGUUUAUCUAAGGAUUUGCAAACAAACCAGUAUCUACAUAAGUGUGGACAGGAAUCAAAAUAAUAAAUGCGAUCAUAAUGUGAACAUAUUAAAAGCCCACAGUAUCUAUUUAAAUGUACCUUAUCAUGAAUAUACAAAACUUUCAAUAUUACAAGAGCCCGAAAAGCACAUGCGCUGAUGUGAAAAUAUUUUAAUCACGGGAUAUAUUACAAGAAAUAUUGCUCUAUGCAUGGUGGUUGUAUUAUGGCUGUAUGCUGAACAAAUGUCAAUAAAACUAUUUAUAAAUGUGUAACACUAUUAUUGUGUUUGUUUGUAUUGUUUAAAUAUUUUAAAUGAAGUGAACUGAAAUAUAUGGUACAUAAAUCACUUUAUUUCUCAUUCCUAUAUCUCACAAGUAGUAAUGUGAGAAUUAUGCAGAACAUUUUAUGUAUUAAAACUUAAAAUACACAAGAGUUGUUAGUGCAAUUUAAAUAUUGCUGCUACUACUACCAGUAAUAAUAAUAAAAAUAAUUCAUUAUGGUUUAUCAAUUCAAAUUUAAAAAGUUGUCUGGCAUAUACAGUGCCCUCCACUAAUAUUGGCACCCUUGUUAAAUAUAAGCAAAGAAGCCUGGGAAAAUUGUAUGUAUUGUUUAAUCUUUUGGCAUCAUGGACUCUAUCAAAUAUCAACAGAUAUUAAAUGAAAACCUGAUUGCCUCUGCCGGAAAGCUUAAAAUGGGCUGUUGUUGGAUAUUCCAGCAGGACAAUGAUCCAAAACAUACAUCGAAAUCAGCACAAAAAUGGUUUGCUGACCACAAAAUCAAGGUUCUGCCAUGGCCAUCCCCGUCCCUUGACUUGAACCCCAUAGAAAACCUGCAACUGGUGUGAAAAAUAUACUGGUGUGACACCCUUGUGCAGCAAUAACUGCAACUAAACGUUUCUGGUAAGUGUUGAUCAGUCCUGCACAUCGGCUUGGAGGAAUUUUAGCUCAUUUCUCAGUACAGAACAGCUUCAACUCUGGGACGUUGGUGGGUUUCUUCAUGAACAGCUUGCUUCAGGUCCUUCCACAACAUUUCUAUUGAAUUAAUGAAAAUUGAGAGCUGUGAAGAACCCAAAAACAACAGUUAGUGAAAUCACCAACAGUGGAUUGUGAUACCUUCACCCCUGCCUUGUAGAGAUUCUACAAGGCAGGGGUGAAGGUAUCACAAUCCACUGUCCACAUUAAUCAUGAGGAACUUUAUCAUGCAGCAAGACAAUGAUCCAAAACACACUGCCAACUCAACAAAGGACUUCAUCAGGGGAAAAUGUAAGCUUU